GACAUCCAGGACGUCUUCUUCCGCACUCAAACCUUUCGACUCUAUUUGGUCAUGUUGUCUCCUUCCGGAUCCUCCAUCAGUUUACCCGCCGAUCUUUUGCAGGACAAACGAGCCGAAAACAUUUUCCUCAUUUGCCCACCCAACGCCUCGCCCAGCAUCGGACUGACGAUCGAUCCAGCGGCCUUUGAAUUCACGCGGUUCAACACGACCGUCUUUGGCAUAUUCAACUGCGAUCUGGCCGGACAGACGGACAUGCAAUUCCUGACGGACUUUUCGGUGCUCAAUACCCUCCGCUUCGAGAACACGUUGAAUCUUCAAGUCAUUGAAAAUCUGCCCAGUUUGCCGGCCCUCAAGAAGCUCAUCAUUUCCGGCUGCACUGGGCUGGAAACGGCGGCCUUUCCCGAUUUGACUCCGGCCCGGUUGCAGCGGCUCUACCUCAACGGCAACGGAUUGAGCGACGAAACGGCCAACGGCAUUUUGGUGUCGGUGGGCAGUUCGUCGUCGGCCAGCUCCUUGCAGGAGCUGAUCCUGGCCAACGACGGACUCACCCGAAUCCCGCGGAUUGGCUCAUUUUCCAAAUUGUCCGUCUACGACGUCAGUUACAACGUCGUGCCGUUCAUGAGCCAAUUGACUUUGGACUUUGGUGCCGUCGUCACUCUCGUCAGUCUCAAAAGUAAUUCACUAACAGCCGUCGAAAGCGGAGCAUUUCAAGGCGAUUUCACUUAUGCCCAAGUCAAUUUGGAGAAUAACAAUUUGAACGAAUUCCGAUCGGACGUUUUCCUGUCGAUGCUCCAACAGAUGGCGACGCCAUCCAGCGGAUCAGGCGGCCAAGUUCUCGUGACCGGAAAUCCUUUUAAUUGCGAUUGCGGUUUGGCUUGGCUGAUCCGCGACAAUCCAGCUCUUCUGCCCAGUGUCAGGAACGGAGUUUGCGGCGGAUUCUUCCGGUUCGAGGAUCUGAGUCCCGAUUCGUUUACAGAUUGCUUGUAAUAUCGUCCAUCAAAAGUGCUAUGCCCCCCUUUUUCCGGUCUCUUAAUGUUGUGUUGGGUAUUACAUAAGGUCACGGUCACACAGCCUUUUUUUAAUUUUAUUCUCUGCCCCGUUAAAUUUUUUUGUUGCCAUUUCAGCCUCUGCUCUCAGCACGUCGUUAAUAAGCGCCACUCACGUUCCUGUGUAAUUUAGUCCCAUUCAUUGUUGUACAAGUUCGUGAACUCCAUUUAGACUUGGAAU